AGACAAUUAUGCGGUUACCAGGGUUACAACAUCCCUUUGUGCUGAACGUCACCACUUCUUGUAGCAAACGUUGUGCGCAUAACAUGUUUUGAGGAGGCGUUCUUUGUGCCAUUGUUCAAUCAAGUAAAAACGAGAAAACGGAUAAAUGGACCGUGGGUCAAAGCGCAGGCAGGUGAAGCCUCUGGCUGCCUCUCUGCUGGACGCUUUAGAUUAUGACAGCUCAGAUGACAGCGAUUUCAAAGUGGGAGACGCAGAUGCCUCAGGGUCAGAGGGUAGUGCCAUUGGUAGUGAUGAGGAGGAGGAGGGGUCCAAGGAGGAGAGCGCUGCUGAGGACUCUGACAAUGACAGCGGCUCGGACAACAUCGGCUCUGCAACGGACGGCAUCGAUGAAGAACAGACCAAGGAGCUGACCGGUGACGACACCCCCACUGAGGAAGAGGAGAAGACCAAGGAACAGCAGCUGUCCUAUGACACUGGCACCACCACCACUAAAGAACCUGCUCCAUCAGGGGUGCCCAGGGGCCGACGGAGGAGAGAGGAGAAGGCCUCGGACACAGAGGCUGGGAGUGGAGGAAGCGGGAGUGGCACAGGUAAUGGUAAUGCGCAGGACGGAGGCUCAACAACGGCCGCCACACAGGAGCCCAAGAAGUGGAACCUGCGUCGGAACCGACCCAUGCUGGACUUCACCACCAUGGACGAGCUCAACGAGAUGGACGACUACGAUAGCGAAGACGACAAUGACUGGAGGCCCGCCUCAGGCAAGAAGAAGGGCAAGACGGCGGCUGCCCAGAAAGGAGGGAGUGAGGGAGAGGAGGACGAGGAGGAUCACGACGGAGGGAGUGGUAGUGAUGAUGACGACGACGACAACGAGGAUGACGAUGGAGGUGAUGAAGAUGACAAUGAAGAAGGGAGCAGUAGCGACAGUGAUAAAGAGGUGAAGAAACCCAAUAGGAAAGUGAAGAGCAGCAGUGUGUUUGACGAGGAGCUGACCAACGACAGCAUGUCACAGGGAAAGAGCAAUGAGGAUGCCUUGCUGGAGCGUGCCCAGACGUGGAGGGCGGCGGCCCAGAGGAUGGAACACAUCCUGAUCUGCUGUGUGUGUCUGGGAGACAACAGCGAGGACGCUGACGAGAUCAUCCAGUGUGAUAACUGUGGCGUGACCGUACAUGAAGGUUGCUAUGGAGUGGACGGGGAGAGUGACUCCAUCAUGAGUUCCGCCUCUGAGAACUCCACGGAACCGUGGUUCUGCGAUGCUUGCAAGAACGGCGUCACGCCCAGCUGUGAGCUCUGCCCCAAUCAGGACGGGAUCUUCAAAGAGACUGACGCUGGAAGAUGGGUCCAUGUGGUUUGUGCGCUCUAUGUCCCUGGAGUAGCGUUUGGGGACAUUGAUAAACUACGACCAGUGACUCUCACAGAGAUGAACUACUCCAAGUAUGGGGCCAAGGAGUGCAGUUUCUGCGAGGACGCCCGGUUCGCCCGGACAGGCGUGUGUAUCAGCUGUGAUGCUGGCAUGUGCCGAUCCUACUUCCAUGUGACCUGUGCUCAGAGGGAGGGGCUUCUCUCAGAGGCCGCUGCGGAGGAGGACAUAGCCGAUCCCUUCUUUGCGUAUUGUAAGCAGCAUGCGGACCGCUAUGACAGGAAGUGGAAGAGGAAGAACUACCUGGCGCUCCAGUCCUACUGCAAGGCAUCUCUACAGGACAAAGAGAAGCAGCUGGCCCCUGAGGCACAGAACCCCUGGCAGGCCCGUAUCACCACCCGGCUGCAGCAGUACCGGGCCAGGGCAGAGCUGUCCCGUAACACUCGGCCCCAGGCCUGGGUCCCCCGGGAGAAGCUUCCACGACCCCUGACCUCCAGCGCCUCCGCCAUCAGGAAACUCAUGAGGAAGGCCGAGCUCAUGGGCAUCAGCACGGACAUCUUCCCUGUAGACACAUCAGACAUCAGCGCAAGUGUGGACGGACGCAGGAAACACAAGCAGCCUGCCCUCACUGCAGACUUCGUCAACUAUUACCUGGAGAGGAACAUGAGGAUGAUUCAGAUCCAGGACAAUAUCUCUGAACAGAAGAACCUGAAAGACAAGCUGGAGAGUGAGCAGGAGAAACUGCACGUCGACUACAACAAGCUGUGUGAGUCUCUGGAGGAUCUGCAGAAUGUCAACGGAGUUCUGAGGAGUGAGGGCCAUGCCAUAUGGACCAUGUUGGGAGGAAUCCUUGGACAGAAACUGAACUCCCCGCCGGUCCUGAAAGCCCCUAAAGAGAGGAAGCCCAGCAAGAAGGAGGGAGGAGUUCCUGGGAAGUCCUCCAACCUACCAGCUGUCCUCUACAGCUGUGGGAUCUGUAAGAAGAACCAAGACCAGCAUCUCCUGCUGAUGUGUGACACUUGCAAGCUCUACUACCACCUGGGCUGUCUGGAGCCUCCGCUGACACGCAUGCCCAAGAAGACCAAGAACAGCUACUGGCAAUGUUCAGAGUGUGACCAGGCCAGUAGCGAUGAUGCUGACAUCGCCAUGGAGACGCUGCCCGACGGUACCAAGAGGUCUCGGAGACAGAUUAAAGGACCAAUCAAAUUCAUCCCUCAGGAGAUGUCCCCGGAGCCCAAGAAACGAGAUGUGAGGGGCACGAGAACCAGAGGGCAGAAGAGGAAGAGGGUCUCCAUCUGUGAAGAAGAGCAGUUUGAAGUGCAGGAACCUGCUCUACGUGAACGGCGUCAGCGUCAGUCUGUAAUGCAGAAGAAGACCCCUAAAGCCGACGACACCAGGACUGACUGUACCUCCUGCAAAGGACCCGGGGACAACGAGAACCUUGUCAGGUUGUGAGAGCCGGGGCAGACACCUCUCCUCACCUCCCCACACCUAGACACUGCUGGACAGAUGAGAGAGAGAAGCAGACCUUUGGCUUAGAGACAGAGAGGGACUUAAUUACGUGGAAGAAUGACGGCGACGGGUGUGGGAUCAGAUGGCCAUCUUUGACGUUCACAACCAUGGUCGUCUUCAUGACCCAAAUUGGACCACCUACUGGCCGUCCAAUUAAAAUUGAGGGAGAGGCAGAAAUUGAAAUUAACUUUGAGGAAUUCUAAAAUACUUGCGCAAAUAAAAUGUUGGGAGGUUCAGUAUUACUGAACUGGUCAUUCUUGUAAGAAAGGACAUGUUGGUCUUACUGGACAGGCCCUUUGUGAUCGUCAUUGUCAUCUCUAAGGGCCCUUCUAUAAGGACUAUGGCCUAACUGGACUAAGGAGUGAUUCCCCCCUCUCUCUCUCACUCUCUCAUCCAUUCUAUGAUGGCACUUCACUCGUUUGACCUCCCUGAGCAUCUUAUCACCACAUCCAAUCAGUUGUCGCUCUGGAUAAGAGCGUCUGCUAAAUGACUUAAAUGUAAUGUAAAUGUUGUAUUGACUCCAGUCAUUUGUGGUCCAAUCACAUGGUGUUUUCCUCAGUAAAGGCCUUUAAUUGUAGAUGCACUUGAACUUAGGCUUUCAUAAUCUUCUUCUAGUGUUGUCAUCGGUUAGAACUUUCUAGAGUAGAGGACUAGUAGACCUUGAAAAAGUAGUGGUUUUUAGUAGAAUGAUUGCCCUUUCUGGCUUUUGAGAAGUAAGUUGCCGCUUAGGCUCUACAGCAGCAUAAGGUUUAACAUAAUAAUUAUAGCAACAUUUGUAUGAAUGGUUAUUGUAACUUCUAAUGUCAGUGUGUGAGUGUACAGUAGAUGUCUAGGCAUCUUAGUCUCCCUUCCUCUCAUUAGUAUUUUAAAGUGACAGUUUAACUGACACUUCUUUUAAAGCAGCCCAGCUCUGUGUAUGUGUGUGCGCAUCUCCCCAGUGCCCCAUAGUGAGUGCUGACAACUGAGCAGCUGCCAUGUGGUCUGUCUGUCUGUCAGGGUCCUUGACAGAAGUGUCACAGUUUGCCCUCACAUGUCACUCCUCCACUCACCCCCAUCCCAGGACCCUCUAUGUCACUCCUUUUCUCUUCCCCUCUGUCUGGGGACCCUAUAUGCAUGCCACUGGGAGCUGCCAAACCUCACAUAAUGCUUAGGUCCACUGGAAAAUCUGCUGAGGAAAUUCAUUUGGUGGUUUUCCUAUGGAGAUUAGAAAGUCCUCCCUCUACCUCCUCAUCCUCUUCUGCCUCCUCCACAACAAAUUUAGAGGACUGUCCAUGAGAUACAGCUAACCAGCUAACCUUACUCAAGCUAAGGUUGAGUAAGGUGGUCCUUCUGUAGCUCAGUUGGUAGAGCAUGGCGCUUGUAACGCCAGGGUAGUGGGUUCGAUCCCCGGGACCACCCAUACGUAGAAUGUAUGCACACAUGACUGUAAGUCGCUUUGGAUAAAAGCGUCUGCUAAAUGGCAUAUAUUAUUAUUAUAUAUUAAUCCUUCUCAAGCUAACCUUACUACAGCUAACCAGCUAACCCUACCCCAGCUAACCUUACUACAGCUAAACCUACCACAGCUACCCAGCUAAACUUACUACGUCUGACCCUACUCCAGCUAACCCUACUUCAGCUAAAAAGCUAACCCUACUCCAGCUAACCCUGCUCCAGCUAACCCUUCUACAGCUAACCCUGCUACAACUAACCAGCCAACCUUACUACAGCUAACCCUACUCCAGCUAGCCAGUUAACCAUACUACAGCUAAACAUACAACAGCUAAUCAACUAACCCUAGUACCACUAACCCUAUUCCAGCUAGUACUACUACAGCUAACCCUACUCCAACUAACCAGCUAGACAGCUAACCCUACUACAGCUAACCCUACUAAUCAGCUAACCCUACUACAGCUAACCCUACUCCAGCUAACCAGUUAACCCUACUACAGCUAAUCAGCUAACCCUACUCCAGUUAACUCUACUACAACUAAACUUACUACAGCUAACCAGUUAACCCUACUACAGCUAAACUUACUACAGCUAACCCUACUCCAGCUAACCAGUUAACCCUACUACAGCUAAACUUACUACAGCUAACCCUACUCCAGCUAACCCCACUGCAGCUAAUCAGCUAACCCUACUACUAAUCCUACUCCAGCCCUACCAUGCAUGGCUCUGUAUCUAACCAUUAGGCCUGGGGCUAGGCUAUGGCCAACUCUGUAUCUAACCAUUAGGCCUAGGGUUAGGCUAUGGCCAACUCUGUAUCUAACCAUUAGGCCUAGGGCUAGACUAUGGCCAACUCUGUAUUUAACCAUUAGGGCUAGACUAUGGCCAACUCUGUAUUUAACCAUUAGGGCUAGACUAUGGCCAACUCUGUAUUUAACCAUUAGGGCUAGACUAUGGCCAACUCUGUAUCUAACCAUUAGGCCUCGGCUAGACUGGUCAACUCUGUAUUUAACCAUUAGGCCUAGGCUAUGGCCAACUCUGUAUCUAACCAUUAGCCUAGCCCUAGGCCUAUGGUCAACUCUGUAUCUAACCAUUAGCCUAGCCCUAGGCUAUGGCCAACUCUGUAUCUAACCAUUAGGCCUAGGCUAUGGUCAACUCUGUAUCUAACCAUUAGGCCUAGGGCUAGACUAUGGCCAAUUCUAUAUCUAACCAUUAGGCCUAGGGCUAUGGCCAACUCUGUAUCUAACCAUUAGGCCUAGGGCUAGACUAUGGCAAAUCUGUAUCUAACCAUUAGGCCUAGGGUUAGGCUAUGGUCAAUUCUAUAUUUAACCAUUAGGGCUAGACUAUGGUCAACUCUGUAUCUAACCAUUACGCAUAGGGCUAGGCUAUGGUCAACUCUGUAUCUAACCAUUAGGCCUAGGGCUAGACUAUGGCCAACUCUGUGUCUAACCAUUAGGCCUAGGGCUAGACUAUGGCCAACUCUGUAUCUAACCAUUAGCCUAGCCCUAGGCCUAUGGUCAACUCUGUAUCUAACCAUUAGCCUAGCCCUAGGCUAUGGCCAACUCUGUAUCUAACCAUUCGGCCUAGGCUAUGGUCAACUCUGUAUCUAACCAUUAGGCCUAGGGCUAGACUAUGGCCAAUUCUAUAUCUAACCAUUAGGCCUAGGGCUAUGGCCAACUCUGUAUCUAACCAUUAGGCCUAGGGCUAGACUAUGGCAAAUCUGUAUCUAACCAUUAGGCCUAGGGUUAGGCUAUGGUCAAUUCUAUAUUUAACCAUUAGGGCUAGACUAUGGUCAACUCUGUAUCUAACCAUUACGCAUAGGGCUAGGCUAUGGUCAACUCUGUAUCUAACCAUUAGGCCUAGGGCUAGACUAUGGCCAACUCUGUGUCUAACCAUUAGGCCUAGGGCUAGACUAUGGCCAACUCUGUGUCUAACCAUUAGGCCUAGACUAUAGCCAACUCUGUGUCUAACCAUUAGGCCUAGACUAUAGCCAACUCUGUAUCUAACCAUUAGGCCUAGGCUAUGGCCAACUCUGUAUCUAACCAUUAGGGCUAGGCUAUGGCCAACUCUGUAUCUAACCAUUAGGCCUAGGGCUAGACUAUGGCCAACUCUGUAUCUAACCAUUAGGCCUAGGGUUAGGCUAUGGUCAACUCUGUAUUUAACCAUUAAGGCUAGACUAUGGUCAACUCUGUAUCUAACCAUUAGGCCUGGGGCUAGGCUAUGGCCAACUCUGUAUCUAACCAUUAGGCCUAGGGUUAGGCUAUGGCCAACUCUGUAUCUAACCAUUAGGCCUAGGGCUAGGCUAUGGCCAACUCUGUAUCUAACCAUUAGGCCUGGGGCUAGGCUAUGGCCAACUCUGUAUUUAACCAUUAGGGCUAGACUAUGGCCAACUCUGUAUUUAACCAUUAGGGCUAGA